AUGUCCCCAGCCGCCCGCUCCCUCCCUUCCCCUCCCCUCAAAUCACGCUCCAUCCCCUCCAAUCACGCUCCCUCCCUUCCCCAUGCGCGCACCCAAGCCGCCGCCGCCUCUCCCACGUUCCCUCCCCCUCCCCACGCAUUCGUCCACACCUCCGCCGUUCCCCUCCGAGCCAGCCCCGCCCGGCAAGGCCAUCUAGCCGCGUCUCGCCGCGGCGUCUCCUCCCUGCUCGCUUGCCUCCUCGCCCGCCCGAGCCGCAACUACACCGACUUGCGAUCAGCGCGCUGCGAUAAAGGAAGGAAUUACCAUGAGAAUGGAAGGGCUGCUGUACCACGAGGUGCAGGAGGGGAAGCUCUGCGCCAUGCACUGCGUCAACACCGCCCUACAGGGCCCCUUCUUCUCCGAGUUCGACAUCUCGCCGCGCUCGCCGUCGACCUCGACCAGCGGGAGCGCCUGGUGAUGCUCGAGGGCUGCCGAAGCCCCGGCGCCUCCAACGCUGCCACAGGGGACUUCUUCACCGUGGGCGAGGGAUCCCACAAGGUCUCCUCGACGGUGAUUUCAGCAUCCAGAUCGCUGCUUGGAAUUGAGGGGAUUUUUGCUCGAGCAUUGCUGUUUGGAAGUCGUCGAUUGCCUCAGGUUGACAUGGAUGAUGCCCACCAAGUGUCCAAGCGUUUGCUGAAAUGCCCUCAAGAGGUGGAGUUUUUUUUUUCAGAGGUGACAAUGUAUAUGUCAUUAUGGAUCCUGCGGGAAUUGCAUGCUCAUUUGAUAACUCAGCCAAGACUCACGAGGCUGUGGGGUUCCUCAUGUUUGCUAAGGCCAAACUGGGCGACAAUGCUUACAAGGAGCUCGUCUAGGCAGGCACGGGACAUUGCUGACCAAGGUUCAAAUCCUGAAGGUGAAAUCACAGUACAAAAAUGCGAAGAAUUCCUAUCUCAGGCGUCAUCCAUAUCUGAUGAAGAUUACGAAGAUUUUUUGGUCACCAUAUCUGAGUCAAUGGCAAAAAAGAUCACUGAUCAAGAGACAUACCUAAAGGUUUUUGUUUUUCUUGGUGGUUUGUCGAGAACAAUUGGACAGUCGUUUUACAACCAUUUGUCUUUGUAA